UUCAAUACAUUGUGUUUUUGGACAUCCGUCGAACUGAAAAAGCAAGUUAAUUGCCGAUACAAUGGACAAGAAAAACCGCGGUUCGGAUGAAUUGUGGCCACUGGAUAAUUGUGGUGGCAAUCGCGGUGGCACACUUGUGGCACAGCGCAUCAUAAAAAGAGAUGCAAAAUCGAGGUCAUUCGGACAAUCCAAAUUCUUCUUCAACGCCCAUGUCUAACACUCCGAUACCAACGAGAGGGCCUGGUGAUGUGUCGCAGGUGUAUAGCGACGACUGGUCGGACAAAGAAGUCUUUCUGCAGGCCACUGGGCUAUAUAAAGACUCUGACCCCAGUAAUCCCAGACACGUCCUCAUCUACUGGGUGAACGCCGCUCUUGGCGGUGGCAUCGAGGUCUGGGAUAUCACCCAACUCGCAAUGCACGGGCACUGGCACCAGUACCAUUACCCCAACGCGCUCAAAGUUAACUCCAAGGAACGCACACGCAACCACACGAUAUCCCUGGGGAUAUUCACAUCGGAGCAGCGUGAGCAACUGCUUGAGCUCGCAGCGGAUAUAGAGUACGAUCAAAUAACCACUGAAAGUCGCGUCUGGAUGCGCGAGCUCCUCGCUAAGAUGGUGGAAGAAAACCUCAUCUCUCUGCGUUUAUUUAACUCCAUACGAGAGGACGUGCCACUUCCUCGCGUAUGAGAAGGAUACCAUCUGAUCUAAUCAUGCUCUGGACUGCUGCUUGCCACGACGUUUGUUAUUAUACCGGAGUCAGUACUUUGCAAUGUGAAUCCUAUGUAUCGUACUGAAUCGUUGUUCUUAAUAUGUAUCUAUUUAUGUUU